AUGGAUAGAGAGGACGCCAGAGAAUCAGUGUGGAAUCAGGACACGCGCUGCAGAGAAGCAGAUAGGCGAGCACAGACCAACGCGGAAUGGCCAUGUGGGGCGUGCAUCUUGAUGUCCCCAGAGUGGGACACCAUCAACUUGGCACGGGGCAGUGCCAACCAGCCCUGCCGAGCGUGCCCAGCCCCUGUGCCUGCCCGACACUGA